GAAAAGUGAAAACAAAGGCAAAAGCAGAACGUAAAGUCUACAGCUGCCAGCGAAAAUUUAUAAAAAAAAAAUUACCUGUUGAAUUUUCUACAAUUCACAUAGACUUUGCUACAUUCGCUUAAAUUUUGACUUUGAAAACGAAAACAAUAACAAUGCAAUGCAGUUUGAUUUUAUUCUAAUUUGCUUUAUAUACAUUUUCGCAGCUCCGACAACGAAAUUAAAAUAAACCUGGCUGAAUUGCAAAUUAGUGUUAUUGUUUUAUUGGCUCUGUAUGUGCGCUCGUUCACAAUAAAAUUCAAUAAAAUUAGCCGCCUGAUUGGCAGCCAGCCGGGUGGAGGCAAUUCAAAACAGAUUUACGCGACUGGCGCGGGGGCCAAUAAAGCCUGAAAGCUGUUACUCAUCGGGCGUUUCCACGAAACGCCAGUACACAAAAGUGUGAUCGACGACGACUGUUUAGCAGCAGGCAAGCAUACCGCUGAUACCGAGUGAACGUGAGAGUGUGCGCAUUAGAACAACAUAGGAAAGGGAAGUGCGCGGGCGGGAGCAGUGCUGUCAAGUUAUGAUAAAGGUGUUUGCGCCGCAGCUGCAGCUGAAGUUAAUUGGACGAUUUUCGGUUACGAGUUGAGUUGGAGAAGCUCAAAGAUACUAACUUAAGCGAGAAAUCGCGAAUGAAGUGCAUAGAGACGAACAAAAAGAACGAAAAAAAAAAACAAGUGAAGAGUAAUUCAAUUUUAAAGUGAUCGCAACCGCAAAAAUUUGCAAUUGUUCACUACUUUUUUCGCCAGCUUUUAUCUGAGAUAAGAUAAAGAACGCAAAUCGACUGCUACCACUGGCUGUUAGCAGCAAAAACUUGGCGUUUCUGAUCAAAAUUCUGUUUAGUGCAGUUUCUUUGUGUCAGCAGAAAAAUUUCAAAGCAAAAAAGGCACUAAAAAUUAGUAUGAAAAAGCAAUAAAAAAUACCGAUAAUACAAGCAAAAAAAUUAUAAAACUUUACUUUAUCAAAAUCACCACAGUUAUGCGCUAUCUUAUCAAUGCGGCUGCCAGCAAUAAGUAAUUGACGAUAAGUAAACUAGAUCAGUUAUUAAGCGCUGCGAAGUAACGGCGAGUUGCUUUCAACUUAGCCAAGGUGAUAACGUAAACUCGUACAGUAAGUGCGCUGAGUGGCCUUGAAGUGCUACACCGGGCGUUGAAAGUGUAACUAGCAUUUCACUUGAAUACUUUUUGCAAUAACAUUUGUGAACAUUUUUAAUUUUUUUGCACAUACAGAAAUCUGCCGAUUACGUAUACGCCUAAGCCGCCUAACCUACGCGCAAAGUGAACAUUUCAAAUAUUCUGCCAGCGAUAGCUGCCAACAAACGUACUCAAGCGCUUACCAACAACUGUGUGGGAAUUUUCGCAAACGUUCACCGCACAAUAAACUACAUUACAACAACAAAUACAUAAUGCACAACUAACAACUAACAAAUCCAGUGUGAAGAAGAAAAGUGGCUAGCGCAUUGUUUGCCCAUAAAUGAGUGUUAAGCGCAUAAACGAACGAGUUAGGAGUGUCUACUUGGCUUACAACAACAAAAAAUAAAUAAAAUGCACGCACUAACUUUGUGAACGUACGCACGCGUGUCUGUGUGUGUGUGUGUGUGUUCCUUCUGCGCGAGAAGCAAAAGCAAUCACGUUUCGUACACAUAGUAAGCACUUAACAAGCAUUGCAACAAAAAGAAAACAAGUUGCAUAAAAUCACUUCAAAUGGCCUUAAAGUGUUGCUGCGCAAAUUCUUCUUAGAAAAUGUUGAGCUAUCAAGCCGCUAAAUAAGGUAACAAACAACAAAUCAAGCAGCAAAGUAAAGAGAAACAAGCAAAGUAUUAAAAAAUAAUAAUAAAAUGUUACAAUAAAAUUGGCAAAAAAUAAAGAAUACUAGUUAGAAAAAGACAACUUUGUUGCAGAAAUUGCAAUCAAGUCGCAGCUACUGUCAAUGUAUGUCCAUAUGUACAAAGAUAUUUCAUACAAAAAUUGUGCUGCUAUCUAACAAAUCACAAAUUGCAAAGACAUUCAUCGUUGGCUUUAGUCCAAUCAGUGUUUACAACAACAAUAACAGCAAAUACAUCUGCCGAUCGGCGCAACUUUAAAGCGGUAGCAAGCAGUUUUUUUUUUUAGUUACAACACCAAAAUGGAUAUAGAAUCAGACGACUCGGAACGUUGGGAGGACUUUUUUGGCAGCUCCACAGAGUUGGCACCAUCGCUGCUGGGCAUCUACGACACCUUGACAAGUGUACUAGAUGGAAGUAGCAAAAGCGGUAGUAACCAGAACGGCGGCAGCCACAACAACAGCGAAAAUUUAAAAAUCUGCGAAAACAACAACAAAAACAAUAGCAGCGCGCGGUGCAACAAAAGCGAAGAGAACGCCAGCAGGGUUGAAUUGCAUUCUAACGGUACCGCAAGCACGAAGAGCAAUCACAGCGACUCGUCAACGCUCAGUAAUAAGAGCAGUCGCAGCUCAAGUUUCAGUUUGGAGGAAAAGCUAAGCGGCGAGUAUAGCUACAAUGUAGACAGCUACAAUAAUAACAGUAACAACCGCAGUGAUAACAAUAACAAGAAUACGUCCUACUCUAACGCUGAAAGUGAAGAGAAGCCACAACAAUAUUUGUCAACACCACAUAAACGUCAAUCAGGCGAACAGUCGCCCGAUGCCACGAAUUCAUUGAGCGGUUUUGCGGGCAGUGGCAUCAGCGACGGUCGCAGCACUACGCUCGCACUACUUAACCUCGCCUACAGCAAUAGCAGCCGGGAACACAGCAUAAAACACAGCUACAGUCAAAGUAGUCGUAGUCUCAGUUCGCUCUCAUCGUCCUCGUCAACGUGUAGUCAACGUAGCAACAGCAGCGGCACCGGCAGUAGUGGCGGAGGUGCCUGCAUCAAUAGUCCGUCUGGCACGCGUUUGUCGCGGGACUCCCCGUUGGCACAUAGUUCGGGCAGCAACAGUAGCCUGAACAGCCCCAGCAAGCAUCGCAAUCAAAUCCGCGUACUCUCGCCCAACGUGCAGCGCAUCAUAACCCACUCCGACGCCGAGCGCGUAGAAACAGUUGACAUUGACGCACUGCAGCAGCAGCAGCCAACGCACUUGACUAGCCCCCUCAACUCGCCAGCGUCACACCACCGCUAUAUCAAGAAAGCGUCCCCGCCUGGCGCGACGUCUACGCCAAAUGGCGUGCACAAGGUGAAGUUGUCGCACAUACCGCUCUCCAAGAUUACCGGCAAGCUAACGCAGUCGGGCAACGAACUUGUGGAGACCUUCGACUCCAGUUCGGAGUACUUAGAUGCGCUCAGCUUUCAGUCGUAUGCCGAAUCGAAGCCAACGCGUGGUCUGAAGAAACCACCCACCCCAGCAGUGGUGCACAUACCGGGCGUAGACAGUUGUACUGUUGACGGUGAGGUGACGCCGACCAAUAAGAACAACAAUGUAGCCACCGCUAUUACAGAACCGCAAAGCGCCUUCAACUUUAACAACACAUCAUACAAGUUAUCACUGCCAAACUAUGAACGCCAAGAGAGUAUUAAAUUGAUCGAAAUGGAGCAAUUAGCUACAACAUCGCAAAUGAUAACCGUCGCGAAUGAUACAAUACCUCCAGCGUCACCUACAACUACACUGCCACUCCGGUUGGAACAGCAACCAAACCAAAUUAACAACAACAACGAUGUCCCUUCACCGCUCAACACUCCACCUGCGUUACCCACUAAGGAGUUUAUCGCCACCGCACCGUUGUCCCCCUGCGAUAUAGUCGAGGCUUUAAAUUAUCCGCUGCUCACACAAGACCUCAAGAAACUCACACUCAAUGAUAAGGAUACCAUGAACUCGUCAUGGACGAGUGUUGAACUCAUCGAAGCUAUCAACAAGCCAGUGAUCUCUAAACCUUUGGUACGCAGUUCUUCGGCAGCGUGCGCAUCUACUGUUUCCGCUUCGCCAAUGCUCACUUAUGCACGCUGCAAAAGCUUGGCUGCCAAGGCAAACACUUUGGGUGGAGCGGUGCCUAUUCAGCUGCCUACAGCACAGCAGUUGGAAGAGCUCGAAGAGGCAAGCAAAAUGUCAGCAGAAAGUCUAGAUCGCCUCACUGAUAUUAAGUCAAAAUUUUCACCCAAAGAGUCACGUAAAGGUGGCCCAAUGUUGCCAGAUAUUGCUAAGCUCAAGCAUCGUCCUCUUUCAUCGUCGUCAAUUUGUUCAACUUCCUCCAGCUCUAGCUCGGGUUCGGACCACCUGAAUGGUAAGUUGGCCACCUCAUAUUUGGCGAGCGUGGAAAGCUUGGCUGAUCAAAGUGAAAACGAGCUAAUGGAUCCGCAUAGCGGCAUGACUGUGCUGGAGCGUGCCAUGUUGGAAAUAGUCGACUCAGAGCGCAGCUUUGUGGAGGACUUGGGACAAGUCAUAAGAGGGUAUCUAGCGGACUGGAAAGAACGUGCCUGCCUACGUUAUGACGAACUGAAAAUACUCUUCGCCAAUAUCGAAGAGAUUUAUGAGUUCAAUGCGACGCUCCUGAAGCAGCUAAUCAACUCUGGUAUGGAUCCGGGAAAAAUAGCCAAAUGUUUUAUAGAUUUGCGCGAAAGAUUUGAUGUAUACACAACAUAUUGUACAAGCUAUCCUGAAGCCAUAUCACUGCUGACCAAACUGUUACAGGCCACACACACCAACGCACUGCUGACGUCCACACAAAAAAUGUUGCAACACAAGCUGCCACUCGGCUCAUAUUUGCUGAAGCCAGUGCAACGUAUACUUAAAUAUCAUCUACUAUUGGACAACCUUCGUAAACAUUGCGAUGUGAAGGAAGUGUUGCAAGCCUACGAAAUCAUGCGACAAGUGGCGCGUAAUAUCGAUCAGGUGAAGCGUAAGUUGGAGCAACAAAUUCGAGUUAAAGAACUCUCCGGCAUAUUAGAUGGGUGGUUAGGACCAGAACUCACCGUUUUGGGCGAACUACGCCAAGAAGGUCUCCUCAUGGAGCACAAUAAGCCACGCAUGGUCUUCCUAUUCGACACAAUGUUGAUCAUUACCAAACCCAAAGAGGAUAAUCGUCUACAAUUCAAGAGCUACAUACACCAAAAUAAUCUAAUGCUAAGCGAACAUUUGCCCGGCGAACCGACGAGCUUUUAUGUAAUACCCUACCAUGAGCCGCGUAAUCAAAUCAAAUUGACAGCCAAAAAUCGUGACCAGAAACGUCUUUGGGCGCAACACAUUAAAGGAGUCAUACUCGAGAAAUUCGACAACAUACCGAAUCGCGCCAAGGAGCUGGUCUACAAGUUGGGCGACGAGGAAGACCGCACUCCGGAUAAGAAUACCUGGAAAUGGAGUCUGCACUCGACCUCGACGACACCCGUGUACUUGGAGCGGCGCAAUCAGUAUCGACGCAGCGAGAUACGCAAUCGCUCGAAAUUCAAGCGGAAGACUGUUUCCAAUUCAACGUCCUUUGACAGUUUCAAUGAGAUUGCCGAAAACCAGGCAAGCGAGUCGCCGACCAAAACAACAGCUAGCGAUGUGGCAAACGGCGCCAAAUCGACCAAAUCACUGACGCGUACCAACAGCAUUGAUGACAAUAUGUUGCCAGCGCUGCACAAACUCGCGGCGGCUAUCAAGAACAAAGGCAAGUCAGACGAAGGUAACGGAUCAGUGAGCACAAUGAAGGCAGAAAACGCUGGCAGCGUGAAGGAAGUGAAGCCUGAAAAUGAUGCUGCGGACAAAGAGGAGCGAACCUCGUGCAUCUUACGCGACCAACGUCGCAGCGCUUGCGCCUCACCCAAGUCACCGCUAUUCGGCUUGAAGGCAUUAAAAGAGCGGAGCAAGUCGGUGCCGCGCAUCAGUUUCCAAUGCGAUGAAUUGGAUGAAGAACACGAGUCACUGCAUGGUAGCAACACAAAUCUUGACACGCGAAAAUCCAAAUCCAGCAAGUCGAUUGAGGUGAAGCAAUACAACAACAAAACUAUACCGAAGCGCAUAGCAACGCUGAAGAAGCAGCGCACCGGCAAAACUAAGGAGACGUGCAAGUUCUACAUGGAUCUAAGUGAGUUCGAUGAUGCGCCCAAAACAGAGCUCAAGAUCACCGAGUCGACGGAGAAUCUGCAAGUGGAGGAUAAGAAGUUACAAGUGAGCGAACAGAAGGAUGUUCAAACGGUGACGCAAAAUCUGGACAGCAUACAAAUGCAGUUGGAAAAGCAGUGCGAGGAGCUGCUGUCAACGCUGAAGAAGAAAGAUGCCGACAUUAUAUUGGAUUUGUUGAAACAGAAUAAAGAGUUCGAGCGCAUGGCGAAGAAAAAACAGCAGCGCAAGCGUGCGGCCGAACAUGGUAUAGGCGCCGGUAGUGGCAGCGGUAGCGGAAGCGGAAGCGGCAGCGGUAGCGCAGCAGGUAGCCCUGAGUCGUCUGACUAUCCAUUGAUUAAUGAGUUGCCGCCACGUCCGCCAUCGCGCUCACCACCACCACUCGAGCCUGAGAGCAGACAUGCCAUGGCCAAUGAUGCGACUCCUACAACGCCAGUUGAAGAAGAUGAGGAGCCAAUUUACGAGUCACUGCUGCGCAACGUACACGUUCCUUACAAGUUCUCACCAGUGAUGGCGCGCUCCAAGUCAGCGCAGCACUGUAAGCCGCGUGAAAAGAAAGCACCGCCGGCGCCACGUCCCGAGUCGGACUAUGUUACAUUGGUGUACUCACCAGAGGGCGCACUACAGCAGGUGGGCGGCGAGAUGGUCGCGGAGCGUGCUAGCUGUGGCGAGACACAACUGCGUCGCGACAUCCCGGACGCGGCACAAGAACAACGUGACAGCACGAGUUCGUCCACUUCCACCUCCACCUCCUCCUCUUCUACGUGCACCCUGAAACGCGACAGUCAGAGCACUGUUAUUAAUGUUGAUUGCUCUUCGGCAGGCAAUAUAUCAAUGAUCUCUUAUACGACUUGCAACUCCAACAGCGAAGCAAUUUAUGCGCGCCCCAUACCAAAGAACUUAAUGAAGCGCCUUUUCAGCACCGGCGCUCAUAGCGCUACCCCACUCGGCUUGGGUAACAAGUGCACUCACGAAAAUAUAUCCUCCUCGCAUAAUUCAUUGCUGCCACGCGCGCGUAAAUCCAUCGACAAUAUUGCGCUCAGUUUUGGACGAUCAAACAAGCCGCCCGAGCGACGCGUCUCCGAUGUAACGGAAAUGUGUCGGCAGAGCAUAUUGCAUCGACAGGGUAGCGAAGCGGUGGGUGAGCGCAUGGCGAACGUUGACUACGCAGACCCGCGCACGCUCUUCACCGUAAGCGUCGCCACUUCUGACGCAUCGUUGCAACGCGACUCGGUCUUUUCGCUCACUUCAUCCAAUGACAGCAUGUGCGAUCACAAGCGCGCCGCUGGUACAACGCCCGGCAGUGAUGGCGCUAACUCUGACUUUGUGUACGAGGAUAACGUCGAAGCCUGCCUGGAGAAUGAUUUCCGAGACUCGGCUAUCUACAGCGAUGACAAUGAAAAACGCACAGACUAUGAAUUGGGCGAUGGCGUCAAGCGACCCAACAGUCCACCUCCACCACCGCCACCCGCACGUAAUCGCACCAACCCCGAAGUGCCACCAAAGCCGACUGGUAUACCGCGCGUGAACAUCAGCAAGACAUCGCCGCGCAAGGAGAUGCCACCAUCGCCGUUGAGUGCGGCUGAGGCGCACUGCCUUGGCGGUAAGCCGAACAGCGUUGUAAUUUGUCCGCCACACAUGAGCGCCGCAGCGUCGCGCAGUUGGGUGUUGCAACAAAUCGACAACUUCAAUAAGUAAAGGGAGCUGAUUUCGGCCAUUGGCUGUUGAAGACUUGUGCAGUUCGUUGCCAUAAAAUAAAUCUAAAACAUUUGGUAGAUCUGAAUUUAAAUAUACUGGAGAAAUAUGAAAAUUACAAUUUAAUUGGUUGAAUAAAGCAAAAAAUUCUAUAGUAGCAAAAUGUUUUAAAUUAAAAACUUAUUCAAGUUUUACUAAGCAUUUUGUUAACUGUUAAAAGUAUAUUUUUACUUUCUACAUACUUGAAGCCACAUUUAAAAAUUAUACUUAAAUAAACAACGAUAGAACGUUUUUAUAAAAACUUACAUAUUAUCCAUACACUCGCUCGCAUUUGUACAUUUUGUAUAGCAUUUAAAUUAUUUUAUUUUUUAUUAGAGUUUAAAGGCCAAACGCUCUGAGUUCGCUGCUUUUAUUGUGCAUUAGU